AUGGAGAGUCGAGAAAUUAAACCAGAUGCUGCUACCAUCGUUAAGCUCGAAAUCGUUUCUGAGCAAGAAGAGUGUCCAACCACUCAAGGAAUGAAUUUAGAACAGAAGAUGGCUAUUUCUUCAUUUUUACUCGAUGAGAGUAACCGCGAAAAGCAUACGACGGAGAAAAAACAGGAAGAACUCAGUGAAGGAGAUCCUCAGAAGAUCCUACUUGAGUGUGAAACAUUGAGAAAGACUGUCGAUGCAAAGAAUGCCGAGCUCCGGAGCAAUGAAAAUCAGCUUCUUGAACUCAAAGGUCAAACCGUAGCGCUGAAGGCACACAUCGCCAAACUCGAAGAGGACAAAAAAGUUCUUGAGGAAAAUUGUUCUGAUAAUUCGUUGAGCAAAAUGAUUCUGGGCACUCUCCAGCCAAUAAUAAAAGAGUUAGAAUGCAAGGUCAAGCGUGUUCUGGCGAUUUCUGGUAAGUAUCGUGAAGAAAACAAAGAGCUGAGGGAAGAACUUGCACAAGAUACCACGAAGGCGGAAAUGAAAAAGAUGAAAAAGAUGUUCCAAACAAAGAUUAAGCAUCUUAACGAACGGCUCGAGGAGGAAAUGCAUGCACGACAGUCCGCGGUCGAGGCGCAAAAGAAACUGCAGGCGGAGAUGGACAUAGAGUUACAAAAGUCGAAAGAAGGCAAAUUCCGCCUCAGGAAAAUCGCUCAGCAAAAUGUCCUUGCGCUCAAGAAGCAGCUCGACAAAGAGAAAGCCAAAGCUGGUGAUAUCACGAUUUCUUCAUCUGUCACCAUGGUCGCAGACUCUAACCAACUGGACCGGCUAGCUGUGCCCAGAAAACGACCGUUAGAAGUUCUCUCCACGAACGAAAGCAAGAAGAGUAAGUGCACUGAGUGGCUCGGCUCGCCGCAGACUCUUGCUCGGACAUGCGGUACAGAAACGAUCGGCAUUGACCCGACGCUGACGAAAUGCCAGGCCAAUGCACAGACUGACAAAAACGUCAAAUGCACUGAAAGUGGAUUAUUCGAAAAGACGCAGUGCUCGGUGCUCAAUAGCGUCAUGCAAAUUCACAUCUGUAGAUGCGUUGACGAAAUCUCCGGAGAAGAUAUUCCCCUUACCGAAAAGCCCGUUAUUGAUGAUUCCGAAGACUCUGAAGAUGAAAUGGAGCAGCAGCCAGCUGUCACUCCAAAGAACUGCCUUCGAAUAAAAGAAGAAGCACUUGUCUUCAAUAAAAAAGUGUCGGAUGCUGGACCAUUUGCCUCGUCCUUCGCUGAUCUAAAAUUUGUCCCAAGCUGCAACGGGGAUGGAUCGUACAAAGCUCUCCAGUGUGAUGAAAAAGCAAAGAGCUGUUGGUGUGCGGAUGCGAUGGGCGUAGAAGUCCACGGAACGAGAAAGGCAACAGGAGGUGUUUUUAAAUCUGCCCCUCCAGAUUGUUCCGCACAAGCGCAAGUCAUGAAAGAGUUCGUCAAUACUCCGCCUUGUGAGAGGAUCAAGAGCCAGGGAAUGCAACAGAAUCUUGCCUGCGACAGAAAGGGUUACUUUGAAGAAGUACAGGUCCGAACCGAUGAGAGCGGCAAUGAAGUCAAAUACUGUGUCGAUCCUGAAACUGGUUAUCCAAGAGAAAAUUACAAUUUUAACUUGGCAACGCGAGAAUGUCUUUAUCGACCGCCAAAAGCAGCUGUUGGUCCAACAAGAAGUCCUGCCGAGUUUAUGGCCAUGCUAGGGAUUGAAGACGAUUCAAGCUUUGCCCAGACGGCUUCAGAAGCUCCAGCGGCUCCAGCGGCUGUAGCAUCGCCAAUGGACAAUCUUCGACAACAACUUUUGUCGAAAUACGGAUUGGACGGUGGUGCUUCAGGCGUAGCAGCAUCUGGAGCAACCAAUACUCAAGAUAUGAUCCGUAAUUUGGUGAUGCAAAAACUCACCGGAGGAAGCGCUGGAAGUGACGCAGGUUCAAGUCCUCUUGCCGGACUUGCGCAACAAAUGCUCGCACAGUCGAGUGGCGGAGCUUCUUCCGGUGGAUCGUCGAUUCAACAGAUGCUUGCGCAGAAAAUACUUGGAAACCAAGCACAGGAAGCUUCGCAGCCACAGAUGAUGGGUGGCAUGACGGCGGAUAAUGUUCAGGGAAUGUAUCGAAAACUACUGAUGCAGAAGCUCGCUGGGGAAAACUCUGCGGCGCCAAAUGACUUGGCAAACCAAGUGGCUCAGUACAGUGCUCAAGCUGGCACAAGUGGUCUUCUAUCCAACCCUCUUUACCAGCAACUGUUGAACAAAGAUGUGCGACUCAGUCAACUCGCCCAAGCAUUUAAUCCUUCUCAAACUGGUUCUUCGGUGGCCGACUUGCUCAGUCCCGAACAAAACGCGAAGGCUAAGCAAAUGAUGCAACUCAUCAACCAGCUCGGUUAA